AUGGUGAAACUUCUGGGAAAUGAGCUCAAACUCGUCCGACAAGAGCUACGAGAACUGAAAGGCGGGGACAGCACUUCCAGCACGUUGUCUGAUGUAGAUCAUAAUAUUGCGCUCAAGAGGGAGAAUGACCAGCUGAAGCACGAACUCGCUGAUUUGCGUCUCCGUUUGGAAGCCGCACUGGAGGGUCAAGAUGGCAAGUCACACUUGUCCAACGCUUCUUCAUACGAUGAAGUUUGCCAGCAAUUAUCCGCCUCUCUUGAAGACGGGGCGCGGAAGGACGAAGAAUAUGCUCAAAUCACAGGACGUCUGGAGGAUAAACUUGCUGCGCUCAAGGGCAAGUACAAACAAAAAGGCCAAACAGUUCAAAGAAGAAUUGAAGGACUCCGUCAGCGUCCGCUGCGUCCAAGGCGAAGACUCUGUUUGAAGCAUUUCCAUUUUCUGAAUAUGUCCCAAACGGAUGCGCGCCAGCCCCCAUUAAAAUCUCUGAAGCCCAUGACAUCGGGCAGGAGCUUCUGUUUGUCAAAGGCAGCAAGAGGCUUAUGUAUGCCAGGCGAUGUCAUACGGGGCAGUUACAACGACCUUGUCUGGCCCCAAGCUAGCUUUGGCCAUUGUGUUCUUCUGACUCCGUUGUAUUUCAUCAACCCCAUGGCACAGUCGGGUAUCGCCACUUGGGAGAAGUCUGGUUUCGUGGAAAGGUUAAAAGAACUACCAUCCCAGCAGCGGGACCUUUUCUACAGGCAGCAGGAUGUCUGGUAUUACUAUGGCACCUUCGAAUGUAUAGGCUCCGCCACCUUGCCUGCCCACGAGAUCCGCAAAAUCGUCAAUGGCCCCAAGUUCAUCGAGCGCGUCGAGCAACGCACGACGCCCUCAUCAGAGCUGGUACCCCCGGUAAUAAGCAAGAUGAUUCAGAACAUGUACGCGGAAGGCAUAUUGACGAUAGCGUGCAUCGGCUUCCGUUACGUUGGCUACAACCGGAAGUUGGAUAUUGUCCUGCAAGCGGAGAUGGCUGGGAAGACGAUUAUUCCUGUUCCCAAAGAAGGAUCCACUGGCCCCGCCGCGAGCGUCACCUCGAAACGCCGCCACGAUGAAGACAACGAUGGUCGUUCUCACAAGAGAUCGAAGGCGUCGUGA